AUGCGCCUUCUAACGUCUCUUAGAUCAUCUGUUAAUAUUUCUCGCCAAGGCCCGGCAAAGGUAGGUAAUUCCAAGUCAAUUGCUGGUGAGGACGUGGCGCUAGCAUCGCCUUCGUCGGCGCCACGCACAUUCAGAUCCUUGCCGCAGGAUCUGUUAGAUGGAAUUAAGCCUUUGCUAGUGCUUCUGCAGGCCCAUUCGCGUAAAACUUACUAUGAAUGGGCUCUCGAUACCCUAACACAAGAUAUAUGGCAAAUCACGUCGAAGGAUCGUCCCACCCACUUUUAUCCUGUUCGGAAGCUCUUGCUAGUGGGGACUGAAGUGAUUGUUGAGGCUGAGGAGUUGGGUGCUUGUAAGGUUAGUCUCGUUGAGCAGAAUGAUAGGGUGCAACGUUUGGGUAUUGAGGUUUCAGGACAGGUUCUUAGCCUGAACGGCGGCGAAGUGGUCUUUACCUGUACAAAUCCUUCCUCUUUAAAAGAUAUGGAGAAACUUUGUCUACUGUCAGUUUUCGAAUACUAUUCCAUUCUCAAAUCUGUCACUGGUACCAUAAUCUCGGGACUUGGUAUUAUAUUAUCCGACAUGCAUGUGGUCCUCAGCUCGGCAUUCAAUUACAAGGACUGGUGCGAAAUAUACUUGCAGGAUCAGGGAUGGCUAAAAGUAUGGUGCCAUAUCGAUAAGGUUGGCAAGAGAGGUUCAGGGAGCCAGCAGUCCGGUCGAUGCCAGAUCAAAUUUUAUAAAGACAGAAAGCAAGCCUCCUCCAGCAACCUAGUGUGUUUCAUUCCUGACUGUGAAUACACGCAGGACAUGUUUUUCUACAAGGACUGCAAGCAGGCGAGCCCUGACUACUCACAAAUGGAUCUUCAAGAGUUUCUCGAAAAUUUGAACAUGAUCAAGAUUGUUGGAAACGUGUGCUUCCCGCAGGAAGGGUUCCAGAAGAACAGAUCGCGUUCGUCUUCAACCAUGUCUUUUUUGAACGGCAAUGAAACUUCAUCCAAGCGCUCCUCAGUUGCCGCGAGCCCGAAGUCGACCAGCUCCCGCCUGAAGGCGCUGUCGCCAACAAAAGGCCAGCACCGGCGCAAAACCUCAGAGCUCAGCCUCGAUUCGAAUCACUCCCAGUAUAAGGAUCUCGAAAACUGCAUAACCGACCCCAAGGGUUUGUUGAUAAGACCCUUAUCUCACAAUGGCGUCCACCAUCUCGAGGCCAUGAUCAGAAUGAUAAUCCCCAUGAUGGACUGCACAAGGCUCUACGGACGUCCCUCCCUCUUCAAGAGCAAUCGAAGCCACCCGGAGUCUCUAAUGUUUGGUCUACCGAAGCUGCCGACCGUAGACUAUUUUGCCAGAGAGGAAUUGAGUUCACUGCACAUGCCCGGAUUUGAAGCCGGAAAAUUUCCCUCCACGGAUUCCAACGCUGUCGCUAUGCAUUACUACUCCAGAUCUUUACAUGAGAAAAUGACACAAGAUCCCCACAGAGACCGUAAGUUGUCCUUCAGGCAACUCGCAAGCAUAACAGACCACGGUAAGGAACAACUACCCGUGUUGGAGAAGCAAGAAGGGUCGUUCCUGGGCUCAUUGACCUCUUUAAUGGUGUAG